GAAUACAAAGACCUAGCUCUUCGUACGAUGGAUAUACACAAACCCUGGACUAUUGUUUAAACUAAACAGUUUACUGAUCACUUGGUGAGGACAAAGAGAAGUCAUGGGAACUCACUGGCCACAAUGUGUUUUCCCAUAAGCAACCUUUACCUGAAAUUCAUCACCCGACGCAUCUUCAAGACUCGCUUUCGAAUGCACAAAGUUAAAAACUACAAAAAGUUUAGCUCGAAAAAGUCGAAACUGUUCCCUAAAGUGAAAUGGCGGCGACGAAAACGGUGACUUGGUCCAUCUUCCUGCUCACCCUGACCUGCUCGCUGAGCCAGCGUCUCGGCAGCGACCCGUACCACCCGUCCGAAGUCUGCCGCGGCCAGUACAUCAGCAGCGUGGAGGCGCUACACGGCUUGCGUGGGUGCACUGUCAUCGUGGGGAAUCUCAAGAUUCUGCUGCUGGAGAGGCAGAGACCUGAGGAUUAUAGUGGGAUUAGCUUCCCGCAGUUGAGGGAAAUAACCGGCUACAUGCUGGUGUACCGCGUGUCGGGGCUGGAGUCGCUCGGGCAGCUGUUCCCGAGCCUGGCGCGGAUCAGGGGAGACGAGGUCUACGGGGACUUCGCGCUCAUCGUGUAUGACCUGCAGGACUUGGCGCAGAUCGGCCUCCACAGCCUGAUAAAGAUCGACCGCGGCGGCGUGAUCGUGGGCGGCGGGCCGAUGACCUGCUACGUGGACACCGUGGACUGGCAGGCCAUCGCGCCCAAGGCCCGCCACGUACUGCUGCCUAAUGGACGGCAGACUAGAUGCAAUGUGUCCUGUCGGUGCACGCUUAGGGCUGACACUGAUCAUUGCUGGAAUAACAGGCGAUGCCAGCGCUACGUGACCGGGCCGGACAAGGAGCAGUGCCACGAGCAGUGCUUCGGGUGCCGCCGCACCAACCCGACUGACUGCUCUGUGUGUCGCCACUACACGCACCACAGACUCUGCGUGUCAGCCUGCCCUAGGCACACAUUGAUACUGGAAGCGAAUAAAUACUGCGUGAGCUAUCAGGAGUGCAUGAACCUGCGCGGGUGGCCCUGGGACGGCCGCUGCGUGUUCAAGUGUCCCGUGGACUUCAAGAAAGUGAAGCUCGAUGACCAGUUCACGUGCUUGCCGUGCCCGAAUUGCCCAAAUACUUGCCGUAGUCAGAAUGUGAUAACUCUGAGAGACAUUGCGCUAGCCGAAAAAUGCAAAUUCAUAAAUGGAUCUCUCACUAUCCACCUAAGAACACUGCAGAAAGACUCGGGAGGAAUCGAGGAGUUGAGAUUGUAUUUGGGUCGAAUAGAAGAAGUGUCCGAUUUCAUUUAUAUCUACGGUACCAACUCUAUUAUAUCCUUAGACUUCUUGUAUUCUUUAAAAAGAAUCGGUGGUCGAGUUCUUAAAGAUAAGAAAUACAGUUUAGUAAUUGACGACAUGGACAAUUUACAAUCGUUAUUUACUGCCAACGUGACGAAAAACUUACGAGUAGAUAGUGGAACCCUGAAGGUUCUGAGGAACCCUAUGCUAUGCGCCAGUGAAAUAAAUAAGUUGAAGAAAAAGUUUCCAGUUGAGCCUCUGGAAAUAGACAUUCCACCAGGAAUGAAUGGAAACAGCGCAGGUGGCUGCAACGAAACAGACGUCGGCCUCACGAUUCAAGUCAUCAACGAAACUUCCGCUCUUGUAAAGUUUACUCAAGUUGAUGAUCAUAGUUUACAUUAUUCAAUACUGUAUGUACGGGUAUCCCCAACUGCUCAGACCAUUGUAGUGCCAGAAAGUUGCAGUGAACUGGAGUGGUUUGCCAUCUAUGCAGAGCACAAUGGCAAUCAUACUAGGACCAUUGAAUUAAACUCUCUGAAACCUGCAUCUACAUACGCAAUAUGCAUUGAAACUGAAAGUUACGAUUCGAAUAAGAAAGUCCUCUCAAGAAGCCCUAUAGCAAACUUUUCAACGCCUGUGGGUAAGCCGGCACCCCCGUUUCUUACGGAAUUAGUUGCAUAUUCAUCAGACGCAGCAGUUAUACGCUGGGUCGAUCACAAAGACUAUAAAAGGCAUAUAACGCACUAUGAGUUAGAUGUCAGACUUAUCGAAAUAAGUGACGAAGAUGCGCAAGUUCGAAAUCAUUGUGUCGACACUUCAGUGGAAGACGACAACGAUGGCGAAUCUCGACAUGCCAUAGUUUUGAAGCCCCCACCAGAAUACGACGACCGAUGCGAGUCCAUGUGCGGAGUCUUGUCUUCAGUGACCAAAGGGGCGAUGCUGGAGGAAGACUUCGAUUUGUGCGGAGACUCAAACGAUUGUGACUUCGAAGAGGAUAUUGUCAAAUUCAAUUCUACUUUAGGACCUCACGUGAAGACCUUAGCACUUGAUAUAGGAGGGAACAAAACAGACUAUCAGGUAGGUGGUUUGGCUCCGUAUCGCGACUACCGCUUCCGUCUCCGAGCAUGCACGAGAACCCACUGCAGCCGCACCACCAGGUCCGUCAUCAGGACCUUCCCUUCAGUAGACGCUGACUACGCGUCCAUAGACUCAGCUGCCGUCAACGAAGACAGCCAGAUCUACGUCAAAUGGCAACGUCCAGUCAUAUCGAACGGGCCAGUGCUAGCGUAUUCGGUGCAAGUGUUCCCUGACCGCAAGUACAGUGAGAUAGGCAACCUGAUGCCGCAGGCCUGGUGUGUAAGUGCUGACCGGCUGGAGGCCCUAGUAAGAUUUGUGGACAGUCACAAGUAUAAAGUGAGAGUCUGCACGGUGUCCCUAGCUUCGUCCACAUGUACUGACUGGGUGUCGGUUGUGAAGGCUGCAAAGGCGGGGUCUUGGUGGUGGAGUGGUAUCCUUGUAGGUGUGCUCCUCUGUGUGGUCUCGUCUGUGGCUGCGAGGCUCUACAGGCCCCGGGUGAGGUACAGUGACCACAUGAUGCUGCUCGACGCCACGUCGGAGUUCCGGAAUGAGAGCGAGCCGCCAGCCAUCAUGAUGACGGACUUCGCAACAAUAUAUUCUAUUCCGCUGACGGAAACGUAUCUGUUUGAGGACUAGUGGGAUUUUUCUGUGAUUAUGAUGUAGAUAUUUAUGAUGCCAAAGAAUAAAUUAUAUCUUUAAUG